AUGACUGAUGCCCUGCUCAACGAUCAACUUGACUUCGUUCAACUCCUGCUUGAGAAGGGUCUGGAUAUCUUCAACUUCCUUACUGAUUGGCGACUUGAAGACCUCUAUUUCGCUACCAAUGCAAUUAAAAACAAUUUCUUCAGUCGUCUAUUCAGAAGCCUUCCUGAUGAUAGAGCGAACAUGACUCUUCAGGCUAUUGGAAAUGUGCUGGAACAGAUUAUUGGAAAUGGCUAUCAGCACCCCUACUCUACGAAACAAUUUGAUCCACACCUUCGAACUGUUGUUGAUCCAUCUAAACAACCCGGACGUAAUCGAAAAUGUUGGUCAAACACCGGAAGUGCGGAUCACAGCUCAGAAGUACGAAACAGCAACGAUUUUGGCUUGCUGUACGUGUGGAUACCUGGAGGAGGGGUUCGUGGAAAUGAAGAAGACGACCCGACUGGAUGGGGUGAAGAAGUCACGACUUGCUUCCGUUAUCCAUACACAGAACUACUUCAGUGGGCUCUACUCACCUGCCGAUUCUCUUUAGCGCGAUUUAUGGUGCUUUCCGGAGAAGAGGCAAUCGCUAAGGCUCUGCUAUCGGUGCGAAUUCUACGUGGAAUGCGAAAAUUUGUGGACAGUGAAUCAGAAGUUGAGAUCAUCAAGUCUCUGAAAGCGCAAGAGGAGUACGUUUAA